GGCGUGGAGCUGGCCAUUGAAUGGGAGUGCGUCAUAUUGCAAGGAGAGGGGACUGCAUCUCUCUCAAUGACCGGUUGCAGCAGUGUCUGUUUAUUUUUGUUUUCGCCUCACUUCUUCGCACCCUUGACCCCUCUCUUGGUGGAUAGGAUGAGAGGAUGGCGAAAUGCCGAGAUACCAACGAAGAGAAGCUGAUGGAUUCUGCGGUCCAUCAGGAUCGCAGGGAUCCAGCGACUCCAGCGCAUCCCAACAUGGACAGCGAUGAGAGCGACCAGCUGUCACUGGAGGAGAUUUUGACGCUUUACAAUCAGCCGAUAAACGAGGAGCAGGCUUGGGCUGUCUGCUAUCAGUGCUGCAGGUCUUUGGUGCAGGGACAUAGGAGGAAUUCCAAAUCGGCCGGUGCUGUAGCAUUGGACAGUGCGAAAAUGAUUGAGGGUCCCGGUGAUGUGAAAAUCCAUAAAGAUGGUGUUGUCAGAUUGCAACAUCAGGGCAGUGAUCCAGAUGCCUUUGCCUCAGCUUGCACAUCCAAACAGGUGAUCGAGUCUCUGGGCAUCAUGAUCUAUAAGGCCCUAGACUAUGGCCUGAAGGAGAAUGAGGAGCGGGAGCUGAGCCCACCGCUGGAGAAGCUCAUCGACCUCAUGACCAACAUGGCCGAAGCCGCGAGGGACACCUGCCCUGACGAGGGCUACGAGGCCACAGAGGAAGAGGAUGAGGAAGGCCCUGCACUGGUCUGCAGUGUCCGAAGCUACCGAGACAUCCUGAAGCUGUGCUCCUCCCACCUCCCCAGUCCCUCAGACGCUCCUGCUCACUACCAGGCGGUGUGCCGUGCCCUCUACACAGAAACCAGAGAGCUGCGUACCUUCCUGUCGAAGAUCCGCAACGCCAAAGAGAACCUGCGUAAGAUGGGGGGCGAUGCCGUGGACGACCCUGGCAGGGAGUUGACUGAGCUGCAGACUGCUGACUGGGCUCAGUUCUGGGUGCAGGUGAUGAAGGACCUGAGGCACGGCGUGAAGCUGAAGAAGGUGCAGGAGCGCCAGUACAACCCGCUGGCCAUCGAGUUCCAGCUCACGCCCUACGAGAUGCUCAUGGAUGACAUACGCUUCAGGCGCUACAAACUGCGCAAAGUCUUGGUAAAUGGAGAUAUUCCUCCGCGGCUAAAAAAGAGUGCCCAUGAGGUCAUCUUGGACUUCAUUCGCUCAAGACCACCUCUAAAUCCUGUUGCGGCUCGAAAGCUGAAGCCCCAGGUGGAGCACCCUCCAAGUCUCCAUGAGAGGAUUCUGGAGGGGAUCAAGUCUGAGAGGAAGUUGAGGCCUGUGUCUCCUGACCAGAUCCGCAGGAGCAGACUAGGUGCAGGCAAAAGCAUCAGCACCCCUCAGGACCUGUUAUGCGGACCAGAUGUGUCCUCCCCUGAUGCUGACAGGAUGUCAGGCAGCACGCGGUCUCUGGCCAAUGGCGUGCCACUGCAUCAGAAUGGCAGCGCUGGAUCGGGCCUCUUUCAGAGGAGGAGGCUUCAAGCCCCCACGCUGUCUGAACUAGACAGCUCCGACUCAGACGAUGAGACGGUAGGUCGGAGGUCCGCCAGCAGCUCCAGCAUUUCUACAUCGGUGGUAGAGGACACAUCUCCCGAAGCUGCGCUGGGAAAGAAAACGCCACCCAUGUUCCUGCCCAUCUCCUCCACCCCGCAGCCGGAGCGGAGGCAGGUGGCCCAGCGGAGGCACUCCAUAGAAAAGGAGACCCCCACUAACGUGCGCCAGUUUCUGCCUCCCACCAGACAAAGCUCCAAGUCUCUGGUGAUGUGGAUGGGCUGCCUGCUGCGGCGGACGCCCCUCUCCGCCCUGCACCCCAUCCAGAGCUCCCUCCCUCUGGAGGUGUUAGCUCUGGGCAUGGCUGGCUCACUCGCUGCCUUAUGCACUCGGGUGUACAUGUCUGGGAGGAAGGGUCCAAAGGAGGAGUUCUGUUACCCCGUGGAGUGCCUGGCACUGACGGUAGAGGAGGUGAUGCACAUCCGACAGGUGCUCGUCAAAGCCGAGCUGGAGAAGUUCCAGCAGUACAGGGACGUCUACAAUGCCCUGAAGAAGGGAAAGCUGUGCUUCUGUUGCCGAACCAAGAGGUUCUCUUUCUUCAUCUGGUCCUACACCUGCCAGUUCUGCAAAAGGCCGGUGUGUUCUCAGUGCUGUAAGAAGAUGAGGCUGCCGUCGAGGCCGUAUGCCAGUUUACCAAUCUACUCCCUGGGCCCCUCCACCUCCACUGCUACGCUGGUCAAGGAGCCAGCAGCCCAGAAGCCUGACAAACCCAGCGGUAGCCCCCGCCGACACGCCGUCCAGAGGACUAUGUCCAGGUUGUCAAAGCACAGUUCCAGUUCAUCGAAGGAUGAGGUGGAGUUGCCCAAGGAGCUGACGGAGGACUGGAGCACCAUGGAGGUGUGCGUGGACUGCAAGAAAUUCAUCUCUGACAUCAUCUCCUCCAGCAAGCACAGCCUGUCACUGGCCACCAAACGAGCCCGCUUGAAGCGCAAGACCCAGUCCUUCAGCGUGACUUCGGCCUCCCCCAAGGCGGGCGAGUACAAGCCCUCGGAGAGAACAAUCAAUGAGGUGUAGACUGUGCACGGACAUCCCUCUCUAACUCUGACCUCAGCUCCUUUAAAAUGGCCCUCAGUGUAACUGGCCUCAAGCAGCCAUCUCUCUCUCUCUCUCUCUCUCUCUCUCUCUCUCUCUCUGCUAGGUUGGGUCCUAUCUCGUUCAGUGUUUGUCUCAGUGAGUCAGUGUGUGUCAACAAGGUCAUAAAAGAGGGUUGUGGAGGCUGGCCGUUCCUCGUGUGGUGCGUAGUGGGUAGUGUCGUGCUUGUGGGACAUUAGUGUUUAUCAUCAUGAACCAGUUCUUCCAACCAGAUGAAGGCGUAGCUGUUUUUGUAUGUUUUGUUUCCAAUGUACAUAAGAGUGCCUCAUGGUCAACCUCCAUCCUCUUUCCUCCCUCCACUCUGCUCCACAGCAGGGAUGAGGGCGUAGAGUCCAUAGGUGAGUGUACAAUGUGGGUGGUGACUCGCUAAACAAACCAUGCCAUGAGCUACCAGGUCGCUCUCUGAAUGUCAGCGAAAGCGUUGCAUUUGGUUAUCAGCCACCCAUGCUUCAGGGCAGAGGAAAGCACAAUUUCUCCCUGCAGGGUUUAGGAGAGGAUGAAAAGAAUGAUGCACAGUUUGACUUCUGCUGACCAGUGGUCGUAAUGGUAAACAGUGAGUGACCAGUGGUCGUAAUGGUAAACAGCGAGUGACCAGUGGUCCAACAGUGAGUGCCUGCUAGAAGCCACUGAGGUAGAAGAUAGGUUGAAGAGCAACAAAUCUGAGAUGCACUUGAAGGGAUUUGGAGCGCUGAAAUUGUUGGUGUUUUCUACAAGUUUGACUUUUGUACAGAUUUUGUGGCCAACAUGUAUAUUUAUGUGGUCCAUUUCUGAGAUGGGUUUGUGAUUGAUAUUUUUGUAUCUUUUUUUAAACCUUUGGCAGAUUGUGGAUAUUCUGCAGAUCAUUUUAAUGUUUAUCAUUUUAAUGUUGAUUUUUUUUUGUUGCAGUUCUUGGCUUUAGAGGAACGCUGCAUAUUGUGCCACAAAUUUGCACUUUCAAAAGCCGCCAACCCCCACCCCCAUCCCCCACCCCCAUCCCCCCCAGCAUUAAGGUUUUGACCAAGAAAAAAUUAUUCAAAGAGGCAUUGUCUAAUAAUACUGCACUGGAGCCCUCCAUCGUGAUAUUGACAUUACCAUGCCAGCCAUGACAGAACAGAUGCCAUAUCCUGUCAUGACUUGCUCUAACAUUGUCAUGUUACCAAUAUUGGUAAAUAAUAUGUCUGUCGUUGCAGUUAUCAAUGAUAGUAACUGUUUUGUCAAUAGAAAUAAUCUGUCAUAAUAACAGUGUAUGGCAUAUUAGUAAUAGGGAAAGGCAUCGGCAAAGAAAUGUUGCAUAACAUAAGGCUCCAGGUACAACUGGCUUAUCUUAUCCAGGCUUUGUGGAUUUGUGUAAAACAGGGGCAGUCUAAUCCUAAUCUUCAGGCCACCAUUUAUGGUGUUAUUUAUGAGAUUACAUGUUUUCUUACCGAUGAGGUAUCACAGACCUCUGUAAAUAAUACACUGACACGUGGCAGAUGUACUCAAUCAAGUAAAUCAUCUAACUGGAUGCUGGUUUGACCAUGUUUAUAUGUAUAAAUGUAAUUUUUGUACAAUAUUUUCAAAAAACUAAAUCUGUGAGACCUCCAGUGUAAGUCAGGGUAUCCUCAUAAGUGAGACAGUACUUUGAAUGAUUCAGUGAAAAACAAGCUGCGGUGAUGUCUCCAGUCUAAUGCUAACUGUCUUCAAGCAUGUGUUCCUAAACUGCACACCAUAAACAAAGUACAGUAGUGUGAUUUUGUAGAUGAAACCAGUGGAAUAUCAGUAAAGGGAAUGCUCCUUUACACCUUUAGUAUACUUGCAAUAUGACCAGAAGCAUACACAGUGCAUUUCCUUUGAAAUGGUCCUGUGUUUGAAUCUGGCUCUUUUUACAAGUGUAUUUACCCAUGGAGGUGCUGUUUUCUUAACCUUGGCAGAUUAAAAUCUGCGUGUCACUUCAUAAUAAAAUGGUGGAGGAAUUAAUUAAUUAUGCAAAGAUAAUUUUAGUAUUCGCGACACAUAUGAAUCAGAGUGAAAAUGUUACAUUUUACAAUAUUUAUCACCCUAAAGCACAGAUACACAUGUAGGCUAAUUUGCACUUAUGUUCCAAAAAGGCGCUUACAAUUUCCAGAGUUGUCAAUCAUAUGAUCUGAUAAUUAUACUUAGAAGAUCCACAUAAAAAAUGUUUUAAACUUUUGAAAUUGUUUAAAUCUCACUAGUAAUUGUGCUGCCUACGGAAGUGCAGUACAGGGGCAUCAAUACAGUGUAACAAUGAAGUGAAAAUUGAUAACAUGCCUAACUCCUUUAAGGAUUCUUGCCAUUCUUUUUUUGUCUGACCAUGUAAACUAUUCAAAUACUUUUGUUUUUAGUGUCAUCAUACAGAUCUGUCCAACUGUAUUUAAAUUGAUGUACUGAAAGGAGAUAACUGUUCAGACAGUGAAAUUAAUCCAUGUGAAGAAAUUGUUGUGUAUUCAGUGAAAAUAUAACAAAUGGUUGCCCAUAAGCCUGGGCUGGGUGAGGCUUAGCAGUAAGGCGGUCUGACGUUGUGCAGGGUCAACGACCAGUUCAGUCUUAUUAUGUCACCUUUCUCAAUGUAGCCUCCAGAUAGGCUGAAUUUCAUCGAUCUUGCCAAUGAUUUUGCCUUAAAAAGCAUUGCCUUCUUCAUCUCUGUAUACUCUUUUUUUUGUGUAAGAAAGUAAUUAUCGUUAUUAGCUGUAACAAUCACAGUGGACUAUUAGACUGGUGUCCAUGUUUUGAUCCAAGGCUGCGCUACAGGUGAGAUGAUGUUUGCAACUGGUUUGAGGUCUCACAUAAUCAGCAGCCGAUUUUCAGACAGCCGUCUCUUUUCAUCCAUCAUGUGGCAGCAAUGUGCAUGUAUCUACUGUGUAGCUUGUGCUUCUAAACUGUAGCUGUGCUUGUUUUGGUUUGGUUUGGUUUGUUUUUCAAGGUCUCAAGACGUGAUGAUGAUAAUGAUAACGAUGAUGACAAUAAUAAAUUCAUGCAAUACCUCUGAAUGUUGAA